CUGUUCUCUUGUGCAUUAAGCCUCGACCUAGUCUUUCCUGGAAUUCCUCUUCGCUACCUACGGUUCCUCUCUUGAUAUUUUCAGUGAACUUGUCGACACUAGUUAACGUACACCCCUGGGCCUACUCAUAUAUAACGGUUCCAUUCCGUCUUGCUGUUGUUUGCUUACAAACAUCAAACCGUUCUCCUUGAAUAACCUCAGAUUCACUUGUGACUCCCCCUCCCCCGCCAAAUUUUUAUUAUGGCAACCUCCACAUACCUCUCUCCGCACGAAGCUGGUAUCAACAUGACCGACGCCCUUUCCAAGAAGGCCGCGAAGCCACGUGUGUUCCAGUGCACUGGCUACGACGGCUGCAACAUGACCUUCACGCGCUCUGAGCAUUUGGCCAGACACGUUAGAAAACACACCGGUGAGCGGCCGUACAAUUGCACGUUUUGUGGUCGCAACUUCUCGCGGUUGGACAACUUGAGACAGCACAAGCAGACGGUACACGCGAACGUUCACGAGAGCCCGCCGCAGGAGCACGCAGCAAUCCACACCUAUCCAGGUCUUCCACAGUCCAACAGCGACCCCGAGAUUGCCUCGUACCGCGACCCCCACAAGCGCAAGUACCACGAGGGAUACCCGGUGGAGUACGGCUACGCGGAGCAGGUGCGGUACGUGCACCAACAGUACCUGCGUGGCUCCAACCCCACCACGCCCAUCAACGAGACGUACGGUUACUCGGGCUACGACGCACACAACAUGAUUUCGCCGCCUAAUUCAAUCUCGCCUGCCAAUCCCAACAUGCCCCCCUACGGGAACGCGCCGCCACCGCCAAUGAACCCGAAGUUUCUCAAGCCACCGUCCUCCUUCCGAUCCAACCUCGAGCUUAGAAGACCGAGACCGGUGCCCUUACCGUCUUCGCUUUCCAACCCCUCCUCGGCAUCUAACGCGUCUUUUGGGCAUCCAGCCUCGGCUACUGAGGCCCACCACCACACCUACGGCCAUUACAAUCCGCCGUUGUCGGCUGGGUACCACAUGCCCGCAGACUCCCCGCUUCUGCCUCUCUUCCAUACCAAUAGCUAUCCACGCGGCUCUGCCCUCUAUCAGCAGCAGCUCACCACGCCCAUAUCUGCCACCUUCUCCCACUUCAAUCCCACAAGUCCGUACGCUGCGAACUUUCCCCAGCAGUCUAACUUGGUGACCUCCAGUUUCGACUCCUACUCACAGUCCCAUACCCACCCACUGUACUCUCGCCAAUCGGCGCCCAAAUACCCGAGUUCCUCGCCCGUCGUCCAGGCUAAACCUGCUGUGCAAAUGCCUUCCUCGGGGAGCGAUAAAACUUCCACCGUGUUCUUGCUCAACGAAGAAAAGCCGCUCAGUGUUACCAACUUGCUUUCAGAGAAGCCAGAGAGCCAAGCGAGCUGCCAGUACGGUUACCAGCAGUUCCAGGAAACAGAGGCCAAGGAAAUUGAGGAGAAGAAAUCCAGAGGCUAUGCCAAUAUUCUUGGCAAGGCGGAAGAGAAGCCGGACGACUGCAAGAUCAAGUUGCCGUCCAUCAAGAGCUUGGGUCUUUGAUCAUUUACGAUAUAUUUUAAUUCAACUUUAAUGCCUU